AUGAAUCAGAUCAAAUCGAUUCAAAGAUUAAGUUUACAGGAGCUAGAAAGUGGUAUACUUGCACCGUCAGCUUCAUGGCAUCACGACUAUAGGGACCAGGCAUAUAUAUUUAUUGGAGGAUUGAAUAAAGAACUCACGGAGGGCGAUGUUUUGACGAUCUUUUCGCAGUUUGGUGUUCCGGUGGAUGUCAAAGUUGUGAGAGAUAACGAGACCGGCGAAUCAAAAGGUUUUGGCUACCUGAAAUACGAAGAUCAACGGUCUAGCAUUCUUGCAGUCGAUAAUCUCAAUGGGGUCAACGUUGGUGGUCGAGUACUUCGUGUAGACCACACUUUUUACACACCUCGGAAAGUGGACCAAGAAUAUGUCGAUGCUGUCAAAGCUGAGCUGCGAAAAGAUCUGAUUGAAGAGGGAAAUUCUAAAGUUCCGGCAAGCAAGCCAUUGACGGUAGAAUUCAAGCUCAAAGGGCAACAACCACACCCAGCCCAUGAUUUAAAUGCUGAUGAUGACUUUAAAGACCCUAUGGCAGAUUAUAUAUGA